AUGAAAUGGUAUCAAAUCCUGUCAGAUUAUGGUGUUACUGAAAUGCAACAAAUAGACAACGAUGAUGAUGACAUCCGGCUUCUAGGAAAACUUGUGGAUAAGAUCAUUAUUCCAAAGCUCUCUCGUAUGGCAAACAUAUUAAAUCCAUUUUCCAGCAAACAGAUGAAGGCAUCAGUUGAACUAAUUGAUCAAGUGGUACUUUCAAGCAGUGGUGGUAAAGACUCGCAAAGAUUCAAGGAUUUGAUCUCAUCAUUUACUGAUCGGCUCACAAGUAUUGUAAAUUCAAUCGAAUAUGAUACCCUGUCACUGGGUAAAAUAUCUCUUUUAGAAUCUAUUGCAUUUUACAGAAAUCGAUAUUUUUGGAGAAAUUUCAAGUUACUUGCAAACCUCCUUUUAUGGCGAACACUCUUGCCGCCUGAAAAUCUUCGUUCUUUAAUAGAUCAGCUCCUCGAUCGAUGUUUACUUCCUCUUCUCUCAACUGGUGGCGUCUCGGAUAAUGAUAAAUACAGAAAGAUAUUGGAACUUGUUCCUGGCGAAUGGAUGUCUCAAUACCUUUUAGAAAAAAUAGCACGUGGUGCUGUAGGCUUUUGA